AGCAGCGCCGGAAAAGGUAGGAGAGACAGAGAGAAGGUCCGAGAAACAACUGGAAGAGAAAUAACCCGCAGACAGGCAAAGAGACAGACAGACAGAUAGACAGACAGCUGCUCUGGAGAGCUCGGCCCACGGCUCACAGCCCGAGAGUCUUCACCGAAGAUCGGUGUGAAUAACGAGUCCUCUGUCCGACCAGCACAGUUUGGAUUAAUCCGCUUAAAACACAUGAACGAUUUCGGCCGCGGAGCUGGAGCGGUUAGCCUGACAGCAGCUAACCAGCUAACCAACAACACGGACUCCCUAACCUACCACUGAACCGUCAACUGUUUUAAACUGUCACCGGUACUGAACCAACAAGUGUUAACCUGUAGUGAUGGGCUUUAAAACGGACAAGAGCAGCAGAGUAAAUGUGGGUAUGUUCCGUGUGUUUGUGAGCGGGUCCGUCGUUUGCACGUAGACAAGACUAGACAGGGCAGACAGACGGAGCGCGCUAGCUGGCUGGCUAGGUGACUGACUAGCAUAGCUUUCCGUCACCUGACAUGGUAAGGUGGAUUCGUGUAGUUCAGUGACUUACAAUCGUGACAGUAACGUGCAAAAAGAAAGCUGUGAACAGCCGUAUUAUUCUCCCUGUUCGGCGUGUCUGGCCAGCCGUCCUGGGUUUCGUGCCGUGACCCUAAUCCGAGAGCUUGUCACAAGAGAGGAGAGCUCAGUUUUCACCAUCUUUGUUCAGUAAACACAAAAGAAACUUGUAUUUGGAAGUGACUCGUUGCACACUGGACGGUGUCGCUAUGCCUCUGUUGUUUUUGGAGAGGUUUCCCUGGCCUAGCCUGCAGACCUACACUGCGCUGAGCGCGGUUCUGCUGGCCGGGUCGAUCCUAAGUGCCUACACAGCCGUAACACAGCCCGAGCCUUCGCCUUCAGCGGCGGAAGACUCUCAGAGCGCCACCAUCGAGGACAUUAAAGUGGACCAAGCCGAUAGCUUUGAAAAUGUAGCCUCCAGUGUGCUGCUGUAUCUCAUAUCGGACAGCUUAUUUGUUUGGGUGAUGGUGAACACAGCUUGCUGUAUCCUCAUGCUCAUCGCCAAGAUGAUCCAGUGCAUCGUUUUUGGCCCACUGCGGGUCAGCGAGAAACAGCAUUUGAAGGACAAGUUCUGGAACUUCAUCUUCUAUAAAUUCAUCUUUAUUUUUGGGGUGCUGAAUGUGCAGACAGUGGAGGAGGUAGUGCUAUGGUGUUUGUGGUUCGCUGUGCUCAUCUUUCUCCAUCUCAUGGUUCAGCUCUGUAAAGAUCGGUUUGAAUAUCUUUCUUUCUCGCCAACCACUCCCAUGACCAGUCAUGUGCGAGUACUGGCCCUGCUAGUGUCCAUGCUGCUCUGCUGUGGAGUCCUAGCUACUCUCUGUGGCCUGGUUGGGCAUCUUCAUGGCAUGCAUACGGUGGCGUUUAUGGCGGCUGAGUGUUUACUUGUUACGGUGCGUACUGGACAUGUUAUCAUAAGGUACUCUAUUCACUUGUGGGACCUGAAUCAUGAAGGGACCUGGGAGAGCAAAGGCUCCUAUGUCUACUACACAGAUUUCAUUAUGGAGCUUGCCCUCCUCUGCCUUGACCUGAUGCAUCACAUCCACAUGCUGCUCUUUGGGAAUAUCUGGCUGUCCAUGGCAAGUCUGGUGAUUUUUAUGCAGCUGCGUUAUCUCUUCCAUGAGGUGCAGCGGAGAAUCCGUCGUCACAAGAACUACUUGCGUGUCAUUGACAACAUGGAGUCCAGAUUUGCAGUAGCAACCCCAGAUGAGCUGGUUGCCAAUAACGAUGACUGUGCAAUCUGCUGGGAUUCAAUGACCUCAGCAAGGAAACUACCCUGUGGACACCUCUUCCACAAUUCUUGCCUGCGCUCAUGGCUGGAGCAGGAUACCUCUUGUCCAACGUGUCGUAUGUCACUGAACAUCAAUGAAGGUGGGAGAGAGAGGGAGGAGGGCCAGAGGGCACCAAUGGAUGACAACAUGGCUGCAGGUCCCGGGGCUGAUGCCAGACCUCACCUCAACCAACAUAACCACUUCUUUCACUUUGAUGGCUCCCGAAUUGCUAGCUGGCUCCCAAGCUUUUCCGUGGAGGUCAUGCAUACACCCAACAUCCUGAGCAUUGCACAGGCCAACAACUCUCAGCUCAACGCGAUGGCGCAUCAGAUCCAGGAGAUGUUUCCCCAGGUUCCUUACCACCUGGUCCUACAGGAUCUGCAGCUCACUCGCUCUGUGGAAGUCACCACUGAUAACAUCCUGGAGGGCAGGAUCCAGGUGCCUUUCCCUGCUCAGCCUGUAGACCGCACACCCAUACAAGUGAACCCUACCCCAGAGGAGCCAGCGGGAGCCAGCGGUGGUCCAGAGGUCUCUGCUGCAGAGACGGAGGACUUUGAGGUCCGGGGCAGUCGCUUCUCAAAGUCUGCAGAAGAGAGACAGAGGAUGCUGUUGCAGAGGAAGGAGGAGCUGUUGCAGAGAGCACGCAGACGCUAUCUGAACAAAAGUUCUGGAGAAGGAGCUGCUUCAUCCUUUGCUGCAGCUGCAAUUGCUAUGCCUGAGAGCGAUGAUACUGUGCCCUCUCUGGAGGAUGAACGUUCUAGCUCGGACUCUAUGACCGUGCGUCGCAGGAUGCUAGCAGCUGCAGCUGAGCGCCGCAUGCAGAGACAGCCAGACGCACCCCUCUGAGGCGGGACAGCCAAUAUGUGCACAUCCAGCUACGCCCCCUCCAAACCUUCCCAUGGUUGUUUCUGUGACAACAGGGAAUUAUCUUCUGGUCACGCUCAUCUUAAGUCAAACAAAAUUGUGCAUGACACUUGCCUGUGCUGUGGUACAGCCGUGUCUAACAGGUGUCUCUAGCAGCUCGGGUGUGUCUCAGAAAAGUUUCAGUGUCUACUCAGUCUUAACCCUUAUCUAUUGCACAAUGUUAAUAUGUGACGCACCAGCUUGGCUGUGCUCUGCGGAAAAGUCUAUGCAUGUGUCAUUUUUACCUGAAGUCUCUCAUCUGUCUGAAGAAUAAUGGGCUUGCCACUAUAGUUCAUAAAGGAACCUGGAGAACCUCGGGACAGAAUUACAAAUCUAAAGCCUGGUGGUUCUUCAGAGUCCUUUUUAGUGUUAAAAUGGGCUGUCAGAAACCGACGCAGCACGAGCAUCAUUUAUUGUAGGUCCGUUCAGGACCAUAGCAAUGCAAGCAUACUUUUUAUUGAUUUUAGUUUGGGAAUGUUUCAUUUAGGUCUUGUGUAGACACUGUUUUGUUCUGUAAAAUGUGAUUUUUAGAAUCAGUUUAUGAAAUCUAGUUUUGAUGAUUUUAAUCUAAAUGUCAUUUGCUAACAUUUUAGGACCUUUGUUAAGCAUGGGCUGUGGCCAGUAAUCAGCUUCUUCCAUGGUUGCGUGCAUUCUAAAAUUAUCUAUUGCUCCAUCUCCACGAACAGAUGCUCUUCUGGCUUAGAUGAAACUUCAUGGACUCAGAAAAAAAAAAAUCUGGGCUAAAAAUUGAGACCUAAUUUGCUUCAUGGUUUUAAUGUCACAAUAUCUGACAGCGCAGGAUAGUGCUGUAGGCUUUGGUGUAUCUUUUUAAAGCAAUCGGAGACUGCUCAAAUGAUUUGAAUGCCUGUCGUCUGAUCUCAGUCCGUGUUUAUGGUGUUGUGAAGACGACAAGCUGGCAGUUGUAGCCAGCUGAGGCCCAUAGCCUCGAUCAGCUUUGCUCAGUGUCUCUUUGGAAAAGUGUGCAAACAAAAUUGGAGAGAGUUUAUAUAUUGUUUGUCUUUAUUUUGUCUUAUCAUUUCUUGUCAGUGUUUUUACACUAGGCUAAUAUUUCAACUUUCAUAUUUGCAUUCGGUUAUCUUCGAUGAUUAUUACUGUAGACUUGAUGGGGUGGAAUGUUACUGUGUGCCAUGUUAGUGCUCUCUGUUUUGUGGUACGUGUAGAGAGGAAGUGAGGUGCACACAGUUGAUUGGGGUGUUGGGAGAUAUGAGUUAAGAUGGAAAACAGGAAAGCUUUAGUAUAUAUUUUAACUCCGUUUUGAGUUAUACUUCGAUUGCUUUAUGUUUGGCAGAUUUCUAAUUCAACAUGCCACAAAGAUGCUUUCUUUUUUGCUUGUUAGUUCAGAGCAUUUGUUUAAUUAUUUUAAUUAAUGAACUUUAAGCAAUACAGAAUCUUAAAUUACAUCAAGCUGAAGGUUUACUCUAGGGUCAUUUUGCAUGCCAGCAGUCGCAGCGUGGGGAGUUCUGCAGUCUGACUUUCCGAGUGCAGCUCAAGGCAGAAAGUCCCAGUGUUCAUAAUAAUAAUAAUAAUAAUGAUGAUGAUGAUGAUGAUAAUAAUAAAUCACUUGUUUUUAAGCUAACUUUUGGAGUGAACAAAAAUAUUUACAAGGUGGUGCAAGAUGCUAGUAGCAAGCUAUUAACCAGGUAUGCCUAACUAGAAAAGCGUUGAUACUACAGCAUUUUUUCGACCUCAGUUAAGAGUUGGAGGUCUUUAAACUGGUCUUGUCUAUGUAGUGAUGUGCUGUCACUACUGUUUUACACUGUGAACCUAUUUAUCAGAUGUUUUUUCUCAUUUCAUUUCACAACUACCAACCAUUUUAUGUUCUGUCUUUCUUUUAUGGUCUUCUUGCUGCCUCUCUCUAUGCAUGAAGUCACUGUUUGUGAUGUAUCUGUCUUAAAUUUCCUAACCAAGUAUUCCCAAAGACUGAGCUACAGGUGAUUGUUACCUGAGGUUCAAGAUUGUGAUAAGUAUUCUUAACAUAUACAGCUUUUUCUCUAACCCUGGGUCAGUUCUGGGGCUCUUUGCUGUGGUUGCACAGCUGCACCUUAGAUCAGUAUUUCUGUAACUGAUUUAGAUGAUUCACUUUAUCACAGUUAAGAAAAAUGUGAUUCACUUCUGGCUGUCUAUUCUAAAUCUGAAUGAACUAUCUGAAUGCUUUUUGUAUACAUGAUUUUUUCAUUUGUGCCUAAAUUCAACAGUGGAUCAAGGAUUGUUUGAAUUGUGUAAAUAAUUUUGUAAUAAAGACUGUAUAGUAAUUGUGAAAUGACCCUGUACAAAAUAAAAUUCAGAGCUACUAUAGAGGCUUUUAAUGAAGUC